UGACUGUCCUUGCUUAUCAUCAAAUAUCCGAUUAGCAGUGUCAUCGUGGAGCAUACGCUUGCUUCAAAUUACCGACUCUGGUGCUUCGUUCCUCGACGCCGAUCGGAAUCCGCAAUAUUCGGGCUUGAAACCACCGCCGCUGGAAUGGUUGAUGCCAUGAGAAUUAACGAAGCACGUAUCAGCGUGCCUGAUUUUGACCUCCGCUACAAGGCAGGCCAAAUCUUCGCACGCGUCGUCAAGUUUGCUGUGGAUUCCGCUGUCGACGCCUCUCGCAUACUCAUCCCUGGUAAGAAGCAUGCACACAGGACGAUGCAAGAAGGAUUAAUGGAUGUGGCCUUGUCAACAUCAUUGAAGGCCAAAAAAAUACCUGAUGUUAAAGUUGCAAAGAACAUCCCAUUUCAAAUGAAGAUGCAGGAAGUGGAGGAACAUGUGAACAAUCUUAAGCAGCGGCAUGAAACAUCACCCAAAUGUGCGGGUGGAUCUCAGCCUCGAAAGAAACCAUCAGAUGAUGACCUCAAGAGAGUAGAUAUUAUGAAGAAGAAUGGAAGAAGAGUUUUUAUUAGGUCACGGCUUUAAAAUAGAUUUUGAAUAUGAGAAUUCGGUGGUUUAAUAUAGAAUGUUAAUGCAAACAAAAGCUGGGCAGUAUGUUUUUCCAACCCCCCCCCCCAAAAAAAAAAAAAAAACCUAUUUGCCUGUGUCGAAUUCCUGUCAUGAACCCUUGGGCAGCUUGAGGGGGAAAUAGGUGAAGUUGCUAGAUUCAGUUCAAUCUUGGCAUAUGUGAUGAAUGAUGAUCAUUUCUUAUAUUUAAGCUUCAACGAUCUGAUAUUCCAACUUGA